AAAAAAAAAAGGGUAUAUAGCUUCGAGGAGUACCGCAAUGUAGCUUUGGCUAGGUUAUUCUCUUGAGAUAUGUUUCUCGUGUCGCCUGCUAAUCUUCUCGGCGGGAAUUGUUAGUGAACGACGAUGAGGUUUCUGACGGUCCUUUCGGCACUCUUGCCGCUGAUUGCAGUUGAAGCAGCCCAUCCGAAGCCAAAAAUUAGCUCCAAGAAAUUACAAGCCGAAAUAAAAACGAAGAAUCUCUGGUCUCAUCUGGUCGCUCUCGACAAGAUUGCUGCUGCUAAUGGUGGCAAUCGAGCCUUUGGGCUUCCUGGCUACGCUGCAUCUGUCGACUAUGUCUGGGAGAAAAUCUCGAAGAUCAAGGGCGCCAAGGCAUGGAAACAGGAUUUCCCCGCCCUUUUCAACUAUGUUCAAUCUAUCGAGCUCAAGCUGAAUGAUGAGUCAUUCUAUGUCUAUGGACUGACCUAUUCUCCAUCCACUUCCGCCGAGGGCAUCACUGCCGAGUUGGUGCUUGGCCCGGAAGGAACCUUGGGUUGUAAUGCAAAUGGCUACGCCGACCUCGAUGUGAGCGGCAAGAUUGUUAUUGUUGACAGGUUCCAAUGCCCGACCGGCGGGACGCUUGCAGGUCGUGUUCGCCCAGCAGCUGCUUCUGGUGCGGCGGCCGUCAUUGUGUACAACAACGUCGAGACAAACGUGACUGCUGGUACACUAAGUGCCCCCAGCGCCGACUUCGUCCCAGCCGGAUUCAUCAACCAGGCUGAUGGCCUUUCUUUGAAGGACCGUCUUCAAGCUGGCGAGAGUAUUGUGGCCUAUUUCCAGCAAGAUCAAAUCGUAGAAGACCGAGUCACCCAAAACCUAUUCCUCGAGAGUGAUGGUGGUGAUCCAGAUAAUGUUAUUGUCCUCGGUGCCCACUUAGACAGUGUUCAAGCCGGAGCUGGGAUUAACGACGACGGUUCCGGUAGCGCAUUAUUAUUGGAACUAUCAAAAGCAGUUCUGAAGUACGCCACAAAGACCAAAGUUCGCUUUGCGUGGUGGGGUGCAGAGGAAAAUGGACUCGUUGGCUCAAAAUACUACUGCUCAAAUCUAGAAGUCUCUGAAGUCAACCGAAUCUUGGCUUACCUCAAUUUUGAUAUGGUUUCAAAGGGUUACUUCGGCGUUGGGGAUACAGACGGAAGCUCACAUGGAAGCAUUGGCCCAGCCGGCUCAGAAGUUAUCGAACAGAUCUAUAUCGAUUACUACACUAGCAAAGGCCUUGAAGUUACUCCUGCCAUCCUAACUAACGGCAGUGAUUACGCAUCAUUCUGGGGCAUACUGAACAAGCCGUUCGGCUUCAUAAACACCGGUACAGCGCCCGCUCAAGACCCGUGUUAUCACCAGGCAUGUGAUACCAUCAACAACCCCGACAAAGAAACAAUCACUAUCAAUGCCCGUGCUGCCGCCAAUGCAAUUGCGAUCCUAUCGACGGAUGGACCGCGGAUUAUCCCUAAGACAAUAGUCAACGCAACGGUAGCCAACACGUUGCGAACGGGUGUUUAUGGAGUAGAUACAAUUGCUUUCGAGGAUCUGAGUGCAUUAGGAGAACUCCACCUGGGGUGUGGCCAUGAAAUGUAGUUACUGUAGAAGUUGGUCACUGAGAAACUAGUUAUAGGCGUUUAGUGUUCAUGUGUGAACUUGAUCAUUCGAUCGAAUACACAACGCAUGCCAGUUGCAGUGUUCCAGGGAUAACAUACAUUUUCCGUAGCAUCGGGUAUUGUUCACAGAUUAGCUGAUGAGAGCUCCAGUACGGGAUACGACUCAGCAACGUUGCAUCUUCUCGUAAUAAUGAUGCUUGAUAGCCACGAUGGUAUCAUUGCAAGGUCGAGUUGAACUAUCUCUCUAGAUAAACGUGGGUCACAAAUAGUAUAAAUAGGUGAGUUUACAACAUUGUCCAUCCCUGACUUCUCGCUUAUUAGGAAGAGAGAUCUGCGUUGUCAAGCUGUGGGACUAUUAGUCCGAUGACUUAGCUAUUUUUGGUACCAGAUCCUAGUGGGCAAUUAUUCCUAUCCUAUCCUAGUCUUCUCGAUGACACUAGGUUAUCCAAAGCCGGAGUUUUGAAUCUAGAGCUCUACUUGGCUGUUGGUGAGAGCGAGAACUUUUACAAAAGACGAUCAAUCUUGAGUAAUAAAAUAUUAGCAAUGUU